AUGUCUUUAGCUAGAACAAGUUAAAGUUCAAAACAUCAAAGGAAAAGUGAGAGUAGAUUUCAAUAGUAGAUAAAAGCUUUAGUUUAGAAUAUAAAUAAUCCUCCUUAAAAUUUAACAAAAAAAUGGAUAAAAGAGAAGGAAAAUGAAUAAAAAUAAUUAUUUGAAGAAGUUAAAUAAAGUGAAUUUGCUGGAAGAACUGCGACUCUUACACAAUUAACAGAGCUUGCUAGAAAAAUUGCGAAAAUGAGAAAAAAUUUAAAAAGUGUUGCAGAUGAUCGUAUGAGAACUCCAGCAUCAGAUAAAAAGAGUAGAAAAUCAAAUAAAUCAGGAAAAUCUGUAAAAAGUUAAAGUAGAAAGACUUUAAGCAAAUUAUCUUAAUCAAGAGGUUAAUUGAAAAGUAUGGAAUAGAGUAGAAGUAAAUCAUCAAAAAAAAGCGCAAAAGGAUUAAAAUCAUCAAAAACACAACAAACUCCAUAAUUCACAAAAAAAGCUUUUGAAAAUAAAUUAGGUAGUUUUUCAAAGGUUGUAUAAAAAGAAAACUAAAGACCAAAUGUAAGAAUAACUGAAUCAAGAACUUCAAAACGUGUUGCAGAUCGUAGCAUAAGGUAAAAUUAAAAAUUAUUAUUAAGUAAAUCUAAAUCGUCUCGUUAUUCAUCUAAAAAAAAGAGUAACAAUAGAGAAGUAUAUGGUUCGUAUUAUGAUGAUGGAAGUUCAAUAACAGAAUCUAGUGAUUCAAAAGAAAUGAUUAAUUUGAAAGUGAAUCCUAAAACAACCUUAUCAAAAUAUGAAACUUUAGUGGAUAGUGAAAGAAAAGGAUAAGAUAAUGAAAUAGGUUAGUUAAGUAGAGAGGAAAAUCUAAUGAUUACAACAAAAUUAGAAUCAAUUUCUAAAGAAAAGCUCUUAAGAGAAUAUCGUGUUUUAUAUUAUAGAAGUAAAGAAGUUAGAAAACUAUUAACUGAAUAUUAUGAGUAGAACUUAACACUUAGUGAAGAAUUAAAUGAGUUAAAGUAAAUGUUAUGCGAAAAAUAAUUAGAAAUUAAAUAGUUAAAGAAAGAUUUAAAGUCUUAAACUAAAGAACUAAAGUGUAUGUAAGCUGAAUAUAGCACAAAAUUAGAUUAAUUAGGAAAAUCUUAUUAAUAAUAAGAAAUCAAUUCUGUACCUCUAGAGGAUUAUGAUAGAAUAAAAUAAGAAAAUGAAAAGCUUUUAAUUGAGAAUGAAAUGAUAAAUGAUGAUUAUUAAGUUAUAACUUAAAAAUUACAAUAAAUUGAGAAUGAAAUUUAUUAAAAGAGAUAAUAUGAACAUCCUGAUUAAGAUAUAUCACAAAGACUUUAAAGAGAUAUUGAUUCUUAUAAGGAUUAGAUAGAAAAGAUAAGAGAAGAAAACAUUAAGCUUAAAUUAUAAUUAGACAAAGAAAUGCUAAAUAAUAGAGAAUUAGCUUAAUAAAUAAAUUUUAAGAAAAGUGAGAUAGAUGGAACAGUUGAGUUGAAAUAAUAAGAAUUAACUUAGACAAAAGCACAUUUAUAGGCUGCAAAUUAAAAAGUCUAAAAGUUAGAAUAAUAGAUUAAUCAGAUGAAAUAUUAAAUAAUAGGAGAUCAAGAGUCAUCCUUCUAGGUUAAAGAGAAAAUAUAAAGAUAAGAAGAAGAAUUAAGAAUAGCAAAUAUGAAAGUUGAGAAUAGAGAAAAAGAACUUAAUGAAUAAAAAUAAAAGGAAUUGACUUUAAAAAAGAAAAUAGUUGAACUAGAAUAAAAAGUUGAUAAUUAAUCUUCAACAUCUUAAACUUAUUUUGAACCAAAUUUUUCUAUUAAUAAAUCAAAUAAUGCAGAAUAAUGUAUUAAUUUUAUUUAAUUAUAGUUAUAAGUAAAGAAUUGUAAUUAGAAAGACAAUUUUUAGCAAAAACUUAAGAAUAGUUAUUAAGUAUUCAAGUAGAAAAUGAAUAAUUAAAACGAAAUUUGAAAUAGUUAGAAUUAGAAUUAUCUUUUGAGAAAUAAUCAAAUGAAUAAAUUAAGGCUAGAUUAGCAUAAUUAUAGCAGGAAAAAGAUAUCACAAUUUAAAGAGUUUAAAAGUAAUUUGAGGAUACAGAAAAUAACAGAUUGAAAGAAUUACUUAUUUCUGAAUAAUCAUAAAAAAAUUAAGAAAAUAUGUUAUAUAGUGCUUAAUAAAGAAUAAAUGAAUUAGAAAGUGAAUUAAGAAUAUUGAAUAAGUAAGAAUAAGAAUUGAAAAAUUAAAUUAAUGAUUAAAAAAUAUAAUAUGAAAGACUAUAAAUAAAAAUGGAAUAAAAUGAAAUAAAAUUAGCAGAUUUAAAUGAUUAAAUUUAUUAAGUUGAAUCUGAAAAUUUACAUUUAAAUGAAACCAAUAAGUAACUCAGAAUCUAACUUCAAUAAUUAAAUAGGGAAGUUGAUUAGAUUGAUAGAAUAAAAGAUAAUUAUAAAGUCAAAUAUUUAAGUAAUCGAUAAGAAAAUAAAAAAUAAAUUCAUUAAUAUCCAGAAGUAUUAAUUAACUAAUAUUUAGAAAGAAAAUAUGAUGAGAUAAACAUAUACAAAUGAAGUUGAGAGAAUAAGAAGUGAAAAAGAAUAAUUAGAAAGAUUAAAAAGUUAAGAAGAAUAAUAACGUAUUUAAAGAGAUAAAAAACUACAAGUUAUCAAUGAUUUACAAUAAAUGAUUAAAGUAAACAAAAAAUCAUUUGAUAAAUGA